AUGUUUCCUAGGCUUGUCUUGAACUCCCAGGCUCAAGUGAUUCUCCUGCCUCAGCCUCCGAAGGUGCUGGAUUACAGGCAUGAGCUACCUCACCUGGCCAGUUUUCCCUUAACAAAGACUGGAAUGCUGAGCUGGGAAAAAAGCGCUGCCAUGCCAGUCUUGGCUGGACUCACUGCCCACCUCUGGGACCUUGGCGGGGGGGGGGGGGGGGGGGGAGGACCUCAAAGGCUCAGUGAGCGAGUCCACCCCCAGCCCAGCCGCCAGUGCCAGCCUCCUCCUCCGCAGCACCCUGGCCCUUAUCAGGAAAGGAUUUGGGUUGGUGGGGAGGGGUGGGGGGAAGUCGGAGGCCCCAGGCUCCUCAAGGUGGGCCAGAGAGAUAGGGAAGUGGGGAGGGGGCUGGGGUGCGGCUCUGCCGGGCGGGGGAGGGCAAUGGGAGGGAUGCCUAGAAUGGGCACAGUGGGGGGCUUUGGCCAAGCUCUGUCCUUGCCGGCCUGGCCCUCGACAUGGUUCCAGGACUUCUGCCUCCCAUCCUUGCCAGGCAAGUUGCCUGCACCUUUAAUUAGCGAGCAGCAGCCUCUCGAUUCAUCACCACGGUCGCUGUUUAAUUAGCCGAGCCCAGGGCGGCCCCCACCCCCAGCUCUGCCUGCCUGUCUCACCAAGGCCGCCACCACCUCAUGGUGUCCCCUGUCACCACCCCCCAUACUUACUCUGCUCCCCAGAAUGGGGGAUGGGCCCGGCACGCCCGGCUGAAACCUCAAGGAGAUUCUGGGCACUGGUGCUUGUAUGCAAGGCAUCCAGCAAACAUAAUUAGGGACCGAGGCUGCGCCAGGCUGUCUCUGGGUAGGGCCCCGGCCGGACAUGCAGGGCAGGCUCUGGUCCUGUCCAGCUGCUGGAGAAUGGCUUUUCCCUUGGGAGGCACUGAGACAUCUCUCUGGCCUGGUCCCUGGGUGCUGGGAAAAGGCUGCCGUACUCCUUUGUGUCACUCCUCCACAGCUGGAAAAGGACACCAUAGCUUCCUCUUCCUCCCUGUUCCAGAGCCCAGAAAGCUCCUCUGAGAACGCUGGACCUCAGGAGAGGGGCCAUCCUCUGCACCUGGCCCCCAGCAGCCAGAUCCUAGAGGCUCAGCCUAAGCUGUGGGCCAAGGGGGUUUGGGGGGAGGUCUCAGGCCUGCUUUGUGCCUGCAGGGUCUGGGGAAUCAGGAGCACAGGCGGGAACCUGUGGUCUGGGGCCGAACCAGCCCCCUUCUGUUUCCCUGAAGAAGGGUGAGGCUGAGGGCCCUCGGAACAGAACCCCUGUGUCCUUCUGGGUAGGGCCAGGAUGGCCACUAGUCACUGUGGGCGGAAGCCAGAAUCAGGCUCCGUCCCAAGCCUGUGCUCCUGCUGGGCUGUAGGAGGUGUGGCCCUUCCACUGUGCCGUGGACUGAGAACGUGGAGGGACUGGCAUUUGCUGUGUUACCGUGUGGGGCCGUCAGUGUGUUGUCCUGGGCAGGAGUGGUUGCUGGAGCCCACCCACUCUGGUACUGCCAUCCCUGUGGCCUUGGGAUGGCAUCAAACCAUACCAUGCCUGAGUUUCCCCAUGAUUCGUAGCUGCUUCAUGGGCUGUUGUGAGGAUUAAAAAGCUUACAGUGUGAUUG